AUGGCUGCUACAGGCGUCGCACACAUUGUACAAGGUCCUGCAGUGGUUCAUCUGGUUCCGCCUGCCCCAGUCCCCGCUCCCGCUGCAAGUUCGCCAGCACCUGUUCCAUGGCCACUUCUUGCUAUAUGCUGUUUGGGUUUACUUGGUUUACUUGUCGCUUCAACAAUUGUUCUUUCUCUGAUACCGGUUUAUCUUAAACGAAAAGGGGAAAAUCCGGGUGCAUCACAAUCUGCACCAUUUACGAUAACGCUCAAUUUAGCUAACGGCACAUUACCAGUUGGCCCAUUAAGUGCAGGAGAUAUUGCUGCAUUACAAGCUCAACUUGAUCGAAUAUACCUAAACAAUCGUCGACUUUUUCCAUGUAGACCCGUGAUUCAAAGUGGAACAGUUGUGUCAUCAGGCAGACGUAAAAAACGAUUUUCACUGUAUAAACGUCAAGCAGUCGGUCAACAAAUAAUUCUCACAACUACUCUUCAAUGCGGAAGAGGAUGUGCUGGUCAAUGUAUUGCAAAUAAAGGAACAAUAUUGAGUGGUAUAUUACAAAAUACACCACCAUUUCCAGUUUUCUUUCCAUCUGCUGGUGAAACAAUUAUCGUAACACCAGGUCCCGUAUCACCGAUACAAUCAGCUGGAGCUGGAGCUGCCACAGCUGCACCUACAGUCGCACCUCCAGUAGGAACAGUAGCAUCUACGACGACUCAAGCAGUGUCACCUGGAUUGAUGUAG